AUGAGGGAAGCAAUUCAGCCCAGGGUCGAUGGUGUGGUGGUCGUCAGGUGGAGAGUGAGGUACCCGGGGCCGUGUCAUAUCGGGACAGUUCGCUCACAUCUCACCAGCUUCUCUUCACGCCUGGACUGCGGGUUCCGAGUAACUGGCCGCAUACUGUCCGUGCCGAGGCCGAGACAGCGCACCUUUUCUGGCGGAGUGACGGGACGCCGGCCCGGGGGGCCCCCGCCAGGCCGCCCGCCCCGGCCACGCCCGCCGCGCGGCCGUUACCCUCAAAUCAGCCCCCAGAGCCCGCGCCGGCCCUCCCAGCUCCCCCGGCCAGCACAGACCCGAGACCGGCCACCACGGGUCUGGUUCUCCGCGGGCGGCCUCGCCUUUCCGGUCCCUAGGCCAGGCCCCAAGCCGGGCCCUCCGGUGCUUCGGGGCCAUCGUGGGGAGGUGUCAGUGGAUUUCAUCCCGGGGCUGCCCGCGGGCCGAGGCCCAAGUACCUGCCAGUCAGUCGAGGAACGGCGGCAGCAGCACCACCUUCCUCCCGGCGACCGCGGCAGAGGCGACGGCAACAGACGGAGAGGAGGGGACGGGCUGGCCACUGAGACGAGCGGGGCCCUUGCUGGCCAGAGCGGCCUCACUGCGCCGCGGCUGGGGCGCCCCCUUGAGGCUGGAAGUCGCACUGGCGGCUCGACCAGCUCUGAAUCAUUAAGCAAAGGAGGAAAACUGCUGCGGGGGAGAAGAGAAAACUGA